CAGCCCCGGCCGCUUGGUGGUGUUGUUUACCUAGUGACGAAAACAGAAGUUGCUGGAAAAGUUCAGCAGGUUUGGCAAUAUCCGUGAGGAAAAAAGUCAGAGUUAACUUUUCGGGUCCGGUGACCCAUCCUUAGCACGGAGCGGUUGCUAGUUACGGCAGAAUGUGCCGAGAGGUAAAAUACAAGGACAGAAUAGGUGAACAGCUGUGAAUCUGCAAGCAUCCAGAGGUCAUCAGAGUUGGUUAGCAUCUUCCUCCAAGAAUGUGGAAGGCAGAAGAGCUGUUUUAGCUUUGCAACACUGCUCUUGAAGAAAUAGCAGGCUGCUGUGAACCCGGAAGUGCUGUCAUUCUGAAGCUGCCCUGCUUGAUGACAAUCUGAAGAUGUCAAAGAAGGGGGAAAUAGCACUUUGAUUUUCCAACAGGGUCCUGGAGGGACCCAUGGGAACAGGUGGUGCAGACAAGGGCUCCUCUUCCUACAGGACCAGCACAGGAGACCACAGCACAGGACUAUAACGGACUGCUCCAAGGUCACCAUCCUUGCCAGUGAGGUCUUCACAAUCUGGAGGAGUAACCAGAAGAGUUGCAAGAAGGUCAAUGACCUCCUCCCCUACUCCAAGGCCUGUUUUUAUUCUAAGGGAUUGCAUUCAUGAAUUUUGUUUUCAAGAAUUGAAGAAAAUUUGUCAAAAUGAUUUUGAUAUUCAUAAUUACGUCCAUACUUUGCACCAAUAGUUAUGCUUUUGAAGACCAAGAUAACUGCAAAACUCGAUGGUUUGACCGUGACGACCCAUCGGGUAAUGGUGAUUAUGAAGAUCUUGUGAAUCUUAGAAAAGCAUAUCCUGAUCAGAUCUGCAGUAGCCCAACUGCUUGUGAAGUGGAGACAACGUCAGGAAUUUUACAAUCAAGCUCCGGGGACAAUAUUACUGAAUGCAGUGUUACUGCUGGAUCUAUUUGUGCGAAUAAAGACCAACAAGAUGGCAAGUGCGAAGAUUACAAAAUACGAUUUACCUGCCCUGAGUUUUUUUGCAGGUGCAAAACUCAGUGGUUUGAUCGCGAUGACCCAUCAGGGAAAAAUGAUUCUGAGGACCUUGUGAGUCUUCAAAAAGAAUAUCCUGAGCAGAUCUGCAGUAACCCCAUUGCCUGCGAAGUGGAGACAAUAUCAGGAGUUGCAGUUGGAAGCUCUGGAGAUAAUAUCUCUGAGUGCAGCGUAUUCACUGGCUUCACUUGUGUAAAUGCAGACCAAGAAGACGGAAACUGUGAAGAUUACAAAAUACGAUUUAUCUGCCCCGAAUCUUUUUGCAACUGCAAAACGCAGUGGUUUGAUCGCGAUAACCCAUCAGUAACUGGCGAUUAUGAAGAUCUUGAGAAUCUGCGAAAAGAAUAUCCGGAUCAGAUUUGUAGUAACCCGACUGCCUGUGAAGUGGAGACAACAUCAGGAGUUCCAGCUUCAACCACUGGUGAUAACAUCCCUGAGUGCAACAUUUCAGCUGGAUUUGCUUGUGUGAAUGCAGAGCAAGAAGAUGGGAGUUGUGAAGAUUACAGGAUACGAUUUAUCUGCCCAGCAUCUUUUUGCAACUGCAAAACGCAGUGGUUUGACCGUGAUAACCCAUUGGACCAGGGUGAUUCUGAAGAUCUUGCCAAUCUGCGAAAUGAAUUUCCUGAGCAAAUCUGCAGUAACCCGAUAGCCUGUGAAGUGGAGACGGUAUCAGGGGUUCCAGCCUCAAACACUGGAGACAAUAUUCCUGAGUGCAACAUUUCAACCGGAUUUGCCUGUGUGAAUGCAGAGCAGGAAGAUGGGAGCUGUGAAGAUUACAGAAUAAGAUUUACCUGCCCUGAGUCUUUUUGCAACUGCAAAACCCGUUGGUUUGACUGCAAUAACCAACCACGAGAUGGCGAUUGUGAAGAUCUUGUGAAUCUCCGAAAACUGUAUCCUGGACAGAUCUGCAGAAAUCCAAUUGCCUGUGCAGUGGACACAGCAUCAGGAAUUCCAGCCUCAAGCACCACAGACAACAUCCCUCAGUGCAGCACAUCUGCAGGAUUUACCUGUGAGAAUGCUGAACAAAAUGAUGAAAGCUGUGAAGAUUAUAGAAUACAAUUUACCUGCCCUCCAUCUUUUUGCAGCUGCAAAACCCAGUGGUUUGAUCGAGAUAACCCAUCAGGCACAGGCGAUUCUGAAGAUCUUGUGAGUCUACGAAAAGAAUUUCCUAAUCAGAUCUGCAGUAACCUGAUUGCCUGUGAAGUGGAGACAACAACAGGAGUUCCUGUGUCAGGCACUGGAGACAAUAUCCCUGAAUGCAGCAUUUCUACUGGCUUCACUUGUGUAAACGCAGAGCAAGAAGAUGGGAGCUGUGAGGAUUACAGAAUACGAUUUAUUUGCUCUGAAUCUUUUUGUAACUGCAAAACCCGGUGGUUUGAUCGUGAUGAUCCAUCAGGCAAUGGAGAUUUUGAAGAUUUUGUGAAUCUGCAAAAAGAAUAUCCUGAUCAGAUCUGCAGUAAGCCAACUGCCUGUGAGGUGGAGACAACAUCAGGAAUUUCAAUCAUGAGCACUGGAGACAAUGUUGCUGAUUGCAGCAUUUCUAGUGGGUUUACUUGUAUCAAUAAGGAGCAAGAAGAUGGGAGCUGUGAAGAUUACAAAAUUCGAUUUACCUGCCCCGAAUCUUUUUGCAACUGCAAAACUGAAUGGUUUGAUCGCGAUAACCCAUCAGGAAAUGGCGACAAUGAAGAUCUUGUGAACCUGCGGAAAGAAAAUCCUGAUCAGAUCUGCAGUAACCCAAUUGCUUGUGAAGUGGAGACAUCAUCAGGGGCCCCAGCAUCAAGCACUGGAGACGUUAUUCCUGAAUGUAGCAUUACAACUGGAUUCACUUGUGUGAAUAAAGAUCAACCUGAUGGCAGCUGUGAAGAUUACAGAAUACGGUUUACCUGUGCUGAUUCUUUCUGCAAUUGCAAAACCCAGUGGUUUGACCGUGAUAACCCAUCGGGCAAAGGCGAUUAUGAAGAUCUUGUGAAUCUCCGAAAGCAAUAUUCUGGCCAGAUCUGCAGUAAUCCAAGUGCCUGUGAAGUGGAAACAGUAUCAGGAGUUCUAGCCUCAGAAACUGGAGACAACAUCCCUGAGUGCAGUAUUUUUACUGGAUUCACCUGUGUAAAUGAAGAACAAGAAGAUGGGAGCUGUGAAGAUUACAAAGUACGAUUUUUCUGUCCUGAAUCUUUUUGCAACUGCAAAACCCAAUGGUUUGAUCGUGACAAUCCAUCAGGAAAUGGGGACUUUGAAGAUCUUGUGAAUCUGCGAAAAGAAAAUCCUGGGCAGAUCUGCAGUAAUCCAACUGCAUGUGAAGUGGAGACAGUAUCAGGAGUUCCAGCCUCAGAAACCGGAGCCAACAUCUCUGAGUGCAGCAUUUCUUCUGGAUUUACCUGUGUGAAUGCAAAGCAAGAUGAUGGCACCUGUGAAGAUUACAGGAUACGAUUCAUCUGCCCAGAAGCAUUUUGCAACAACAACUGCAAGACCCAGUGGUUUGAUCGAGAUAAUCCAACGGGCAAGGGGGAUUACGAAGAUCUCGUAAAUCUCCGAAAAGAACAGCCUGGUAAGAUCUGCAGGAACCCGACUGCAUGUGAAGUGGAGACAACAUCAGGUGUUCCAGCCUCAAGCACUGGAGAUAACAUCCCUGAAUGCAACAUUUCUUCUGGCUUUGCUUGUGUGAAUAAAGAUCAAGAUGAUGGGACCUGUGAGGAUUACAAGAUCAGAUUCUUCUGCCCUGAAUCUUUUUGCAGCUGCAAAACUGAGUGGUUUGAUCGUGAUAAUCCAUCGGGAAAUGGUGAUUAUGAAGAUCUUGUGAAUCUGCAAAAAGAAUAUCCCAAUCAGAUCUGCAGUAGGCCGACUGGAUGUGAAGUGGAGACAACAGCAGGAGUUCCAGCCUCUGAAACUGGAGACAAUAUCCCUGAGUGCACUGUUUCUAGUGGAUUUGCCUGUGUGAAUGCAGAGCAGGAUAAUGGGAGCUGUGAAGAUUACAGAAUACGAUUCAACUGCCCUGAGUCUUUUUGUAGUUGCAAAACAGAAUGGUUUAAUCAUGAUAAUCCAUCAGGAAAUGGAGAUUAUGAAGAUUUUUCAAGUCUUCAGAAAGAAUAUCCCGGGCAGAUCUGCAGUAAUCCAGUUGCCUGUGAAGUAGAGACGACAUCAGGACUUCCAUUGUCAAGCAGUGGAGACAACGUUGCACCAUGCAGCAUUUCGACUGGAUUUGUUUGUGUGAACAAGGACCAAGCGGAUGGGAGCUGUGAAGAUUACAGAAUACGGUUUACCUGCCCUGAAUCGUUUUGCAACUGCAAAACCCGUUGGUUUGAUAGAGAUGACCCAUCAGGCAAUGGCGAUUACGAAAAUCUCGUUAAUCUCCGAAAACAAUUUCCUGGUCAGAUCUGCAGAAAUCCGAUUGCCUGUGAAGUGGAAACAGUAUCAGGAGUUCCAGCUUCAGACACCGGAGACAACAUCCCUGAGUGCACCAUAUCUGAUGGCUUUGCUUGUGUUAAUCAAGAACAAGAAGAUGGGAGCUGUGAAGACUAUAGGAUACGAUUUACCUGUUUUGAAUCUUUUUGUAGUUGCAAAACUCAGUGGUUUGACCGUGAUGAUCCAACAGGAAAAGGCGAUUUUGAAGAUCUUGAAAAUCUCAAGAAAGAAUAUCCUGAACAAAUCUGCAGUGUUCCGACUGCCUGUGAGGUGGAGACAACAUCGGGAACCCCAGCCUCCAGCACUGGAGACAAUAUCCCCCAAUGCAGCAUUGAAUCUGGAUUUACUUGUAUGAAUGAAGACCAGGAUGAUGGGAGCUGUGAAGAUUACAGAAUACGUUUUAACUGCCCUGAGAUUUUUUGCAAUUGUGUGACCCAGUGGUUUGAUCAUGAUGAUCCAUCAGGGAAGGGAGAUUUUGAAGUUCUCCAGAAUCUCCAGAAAGAGUACCCUGAUCAGAUCUGCAGUACACCAACAGCCUGUGAAGUGGAGACAAUAUCAGGAACCCCAGCAGCAAACUCUGAAGACAACAUUCAACAGUGUAGCGUUUUAACUGGAUUUACCUGUAUUAAUGCACAACAAAGAAAUGGCAGCUGUGAAGAUUAUAGAGUGCGAUUUACCUGCCCUGAAUCUUUUUGCAGCUGCAAAACCCAGUGGUUUGAUCGAGAUGACCCUUCUGGAAAUGGGGAUUAUGAAGAUCUCAUGAAUCUUCGAAAAGAAAAUGCUGAUAAAAUCUGCAGUAAUCCGACUGCCUGUGAAGUAGAGACAAUGGAUGGGGUCCCUGCCUCACGCACUGGAGACAUUGUUUCUGAGUGCAGCAUUUCAACUGGAUUUACAUGUGUGAAUGCCGAGCAAAAGGACCGGAGCUGUCAAGAUUACAGAAUACGAUUUACCUGUCCUCGCACUUUUUGCAACAAGAAAACUCAAUGGUUUGAUCGCGAUGACCCAAAAGGAAUUGGGGAUUUUGAAGAUCUGGAGAACCUUCGAAAGGAAUAUCCUGGUCAGAUCUGCAGUAGCCCAAUUGCCUGUGAAGUACAGACAGUCUCAAACCAGUCAGCUGCAAGCACUGGGGAUAUUAUUCCUGAGUGCAGUACAUUGACUGGGUUUAUUUGCCUGAAUAAAGAACAAAGCUUUAAGCUCUGUGAAGAUUACAAAAUACGAUUUACCUGCCCUUAAUCUUUUUGAACAAGUGAGCAAGAAAGCAGUCCCAGGACCUGGAUCUGGAGCUAGUCAGGCCUGCUUCAGGCUUGAUAUUUGACAAGCGCUGUACAUAAAACAUUAGUCUAAUGGAUUUGGCUGCAAAAAAUAAGCAGUUACUAAGAGAAUAUCACAUUAUAUAGACUUGCAGUUACUGUCUAAUCACGUUGAAUUGUACUACCUGUAUAAUUGUAUAGAAAUUGAAUUUUCAGUAAAAUACAUAUCAUUUUGAGAAAUGUUGGAAAUUGGUAACUAUUAGAGAGCAGAACUGUUGGAACUUUAUGCAUUUAGUUAUUGGUUGCCAUCUCAAUAAAAUAUGAAUGAAGUUUUGUUUU